AUGAGCCAAACAGUUCCACCUGAAGAGGAAGAAACCCUCCACUCGAGAUCGUUACAAACAAGCAAUGACACCGUUACAGCGUGGCUGCCAAUUUCUACCCCUUUUCCAUCGGCCUUAGGGUGCUCUACACUGUUUCAUGGUAAUGAAAAUGGUAUAUACGCCUUCGAUCCAUUUUAUAAAGUUUAUAUUGCUCCAAAAGCUCCUCGAUGCCUCCCAAUAGAAGCGACCUUCUUAUCAUUGGCGCAAGAAAGCGACCUAGAUUCUACCACCAUAACUACCCUUGGAAAAACACAGGUGCUCACAACGACUACCGUACUUGGUCCAACAUUUGUAUGCCCACAAGCCUACAGUGAAGUUAAGACUAUCAGUCUCGAUGCUUCCAGAACGGAGACUCUAUGCUGCCCUUCGGGCUUCAGCCUAGGUUUUUCAGCCGCCUGGUACAAAACUCAAUGUUUCUCGUCUUUAAGAAGAAGCCAAACUCUUACACUUCAAAGCUAUGGCGGGGAUUACCGUACGGCCAAACUCACUACGUUGAGAAUAACGUCGGAUUCUCUCGACAUAAUGUCUGCUUUCGGGCUUAAUGGAAUAAACGUUGUAGCAUCGACUACGUCUUCGGCAGCUUCCAUGACAACCACAUCCACCACGAUCUCAGCAACCUCCUCCACCAUUUCCUCUUCGACCACUAUGACGGCGAUUCCGACAAAUGGAAAAGGAUCUUCAUUGCCAGUAGCUAGUAUAGCUGGUUUAGCUGUUGGUAUGUUCUGUUUUGUUCUGGCAGCAGUGGCAUUUGCAUUGCUCUGGCGAGCGCGACAAAAGAAGCAGAAAUAUGAGCAGCCGCCAGGGUCCGAUAACACAGGUUCACCUUCAAUGGUUCUCGAAAAUAUGUCUCCUCGAUCACAGUCACAACAGUUUCCGGACGUUAAGACCACUAGGUAUGAGCUACGCGAGGGACCGCUUCCGUCAAAGAGACAACUGGACGAGAACGUACCAUUCGAAAUUUCUAGCAAACCGAUUAAAGUCAAGAGAACCAGUGGUUUGAAGAAUGGCAUACAAGGAUUGGAAUUAAACAUUCGAAACUGA